AUGAAUAACGCUGCUAGCGAGACAAAAGCGGAAUUAUUGGAAGAGUUGGAAUCAUGGAGUAAACACCCUGUACAGGUGAGACGACUGAGCUCGUCGCUCUCAAACCGAGAAAGAAAAGCCUCUGUUCCAAGAGAGCAUGACAAAGGAGGGGAUAAUCUGCUGGGCAAUGAAGUUGACUCAUGUUCUAUAUUUCUUCGAAAUAUUUCAACUGAUACGAAUGCGUCUGUACUAGAGGAGAAAUUUCAGCGUUUUGGCACGAUCAACCGUAUCACCAUAUUCAGUAGAAAGUCAGUUGGAAAGCUUAAGUGCUACGCCUAUAUUGAGUUCGACAAUGUGGAAUCUGCAGAUCGUUCUCUUGCGCUAAAUAAAUCCACGAUCGAUGAUCGUACAAUCGAUGUGUUAAAGAAAAGGAACAACGUACCUGGGUGGCGAGGAAAUAACAGUCGUUUUUUGAGAGGGCGCUAA